AUGGCUCCUGUAAAGACUUCCACUGUGCCUAGACUCGAGUUGUGUGCCGCUAUCCUACUUGCUCGGUGGAUGUACCGCCUUCUGACGAUAUUAAAGGAUAAACUGAACGUAGACUCUAUCUUUGCUUGGUCUGAUUCACAAAUUGUUUUGUCCUGGUUGGUCAAACCUCACUCUAUGUUCAAAGUGUUUGUCUCCAAUCGUGUGCAUCGAAUACAUACACUCCUUCCACAUUGUCAAUGGGGAUAUGUACGCUCGGCUAUCAAUCCUGCAGAUUGCGCCUCCAGGGGAAUGCUACCUUCCGAGUUGAUUAAUCAUUCGUUGUACUGGUGUGGCCCGAGAUUUUUAUAUGCUACUGUCGAUACUUGGGACACGUCUGCAACUCCCAUUCCAAAGGAACAAUUACCUGACACUAAAAUCAUAUCCCUUACCGUCGGUGAACCAUCUGAAUGGAUUUGCCGAUUUUCCUCGUAUGACCGCAUGCUUCGUGUCACAUCGUGGGUGCGCCGUUUCAUUUUCCGCUGUAAGCGUAAGGAUUACCCACUCGCCUUCUUGCAGACAUUUGAGCUCCAGGAGUCACUUGUCAGUAUUGUCUGA